GAGAGUUGGAGGUUGUGGAGCUCUUCUCAUCUUUGUGAUGAGAGGGUCCCAACAACAGUGAGACCCACAAUACGCACGCCUUCUCUCUCCCCUCCACUUCAACCUCUGAGCUACACUCACUGCUCUCUUUAGGAUUAUGACUUUUUUUGAUGGCAACAAUCAUGUGGAGGAUUGAAAUAAGAAUCUGCUCGGAGGAUUAACUUUUGCAUCUCCUUGAAUAAUGCCUUUGUGCUGGAGGAGAAGCUCCUGGCUGCCGGUGAUGUUUGGUGCUGCGCUGGUUGCUCUUACUGCUACUAAUGCUGGACCAGGACCGGACCGCAGGCAGGCUGGAUCGUCAUCAUGCUUUGGAGGCUUCGAUCUCUACUUUGUUUUGGACAAAUCUGGGAGUGUGCAGAAUCACUGGACAGAAAUCUACAACUUUGUGGAACAUCUAGCUCAUAAAUUCACAAGUCCACAGUUGCGGAUGUCCUUCAUUGUGUUCUCCACUGAGGGAGAGAUCCUAAUGAGCCUGACAGAAGACAGGGAAGUCAUCCGUAGAGGUCUGGAGGAGCUCUCCAGGGUUGUUCCAGGGGGAGACACCUUCAUGCACGAGGGCAUCCUGAGGGCCAGUGAACAGAUAUACUAUGGAAACACUGAAAGUUAUCGCACCGCCAGUGUUAUCAUAGCUCUGACAGAUGGAGAGCUGCACGAGGAUCUAUUUUACUACGCUGAGAGAGAGGCCAACCGCUCCCGGAGUCUGGGUGCCUCUGUUUACUGUGUAGGGGUCAAGGACUUCGAUGAGACACAGUUGGCAAACAUAGCUGAUAGUAAGGACCAUGUGUUCCCAGUAAAUGAUGGAUUUGAGGCCUUGCAAGGGGCCAUUGACUCGAUCCUGAAGAAGUCCUGUGUCGAGAUCCUGGCUGCAGAGCCCUCUAGUAUCUGUGCAGGAGAGUCCUUCCAAGUGGUGGUGAGAGGAAAUGGAUUCCUCCACGCCCGCAACGUCGAUCAGGUCCUGUGCAGCUUCCGCAUCAACGACACCCUCACGAAGAUGGUAAAGCCUCUGGUUGUCGAGGAUACAUAUCUCCUCUGCCCCGCACCAGUCCUUCAAGAGGAGGGGAUGGCAGCAAACCUUUAUGUCAGUAUGAAUGAAGGUCUCAGUUUCAUCUCCAGUUCAGUUACCAUUUCCACUGUGGACUGCUCUGAUGGGACCAUCCUGGCCAUAGCUCUGCUCAUCUUGAUGCUGCUCCUGGUACUGGCUCUCCUCUGGUGGUUCUGGCCUCUCUGCUGCACCGUGAUCAUCCAUGAACCCCCACCACCACCUCUGGAGGAGAGUUCGGACGAGGAAGACUCUGACUCCCCUAAGAAGAAAUGGCCAACUGUAGACGCCUCCUACUACGGAGGAAGAGGAGUUGGGGGAAUCAAAAGGAUGGAGGUCCGCUGGGGUGAGAAAGGCUCCACCGAAGAAGGAGCAAAGCUGGAAAAGGCCAAAAAUGCCAAAGUGAAGAUGCCUGACCAGGAGUAUGUGGAGUCCGCCACACGCAUCCUCAACAACGGCAUGCGCAAACCCUCGAGGCCACGCAAGUGGUACUCACCCAUCAAGAGCAAGCUGGACGCAUUGUGGGUGCUUUUAAGAAAAGGCUACGACCGCGUGUCUGUUAUGAGACCUCACCCGGGUGACAAGGGCAGAUGCAUGAACUUCACCCGCAUUCAGUCUCCCUCUCCUCGUUACCCACACCAUCACCCAUCUCCCAUCUACAACCCUCCCAGCAGGACUCCACCUCCACCGCAGGGCAGCCUCCCCCCGAGCCCCAGCAGCCCUCCAUCCUCUCCAACGUUCUCCUUCUCCGCCCUUCCACUACUGCCUCCGACACCUCCUUCCACCUCGAACACUCCCCGCUCUCCCGUUUCACCGACCCCUGACACACCCCCUCCCACCCCCCCACCCUCCGCCUCCCCGACCGGUUCCCUGCCUCGUCUUCCACUGGGACCUCCUCCGGCGCGAGCCCCUCCACCUGCCCGCCCACCACCUCGCCCUGGCCUGUAGAGCUCCGAGAGCAGACUGGAGAGAGUUUGACUGAAUAUAAAAGGCAACUCCGGAGUCCCACCAACAAUCAGCACAUGGCCAUCUUUGAUUGUAGCUGCGAGGAGCGGCGAGCAAAUGUUCCAAAUACAACAGAUUUAGAAUAUCAGAGUCACAGUUUUUGAAUUCUUGAAUGUUGAGUAAUUGCAUGCAAUGUGUGAGUUGAUCCGUUGUAACAUUUCUACCUUGUUGGUCCAUAAAUGCUUGUCUUUGUACUUUGUUGAGAAAAACAUAUUUUCCAUUUUUGAGUAUAGAGAAACAGUCAUUGAUGAUAAACACAUGUCCACUAAGCGUAGUGAAAGAGCAACUCAACCCACGGAGGGGUUUCUUGUAAAUAAUAAUUUUGAUAUAACCAUGUGUGUUCAGAUAUCUGUGAAUGUGUGCAUGUGUCGAAAAGAAAGAGACAAUUUGUGACAGACGGUUUAAUCAACUUAAACAAAGUGAUUUGGCUUUUUUUGCA